CCUGCACGCUGAAAACACCCGAAGAAGAAAAGGGCCUCCCCAACUGAGGAAAAUGGCUGACGUUGAGAUGGACAUCACGUCCAGAAGAAUGAAUAAUGGCAAAGAACACGUGAAACAAGAUCUGGAAAGCCAGGAUAGGAGUGGGAAUGAAGACAGCGGAGACCUGUCGGAGGAGGAAGAGGAGGAAGAGGAUGAAGCAGAAACCAGCGCAAAACCCGAUGCAGCGUCCAAACGUCACAGCAGUGGCGGGAAACACAAGAGGAAAAAACACAAGCACCGAAACAAGCACAAAAAACACAAGCAUGCUUCCGACGAAGACAAGGAGCGCAAGCGAAAGCAUCGCCACAAACAUAGGAAACACAAACGCAAAGAAGGCACGCCCCCUUCCGAAGUCGCCGGCCAGAGAAAAGUGGAGUCCUCUCCCUCGUCAGGAAACCCCAGCCUGGACGACAGGGCAUUACUGGAGGACUUGGAGAAGCAGAGGGCCAUGAUCAAAGCAGAGCUGGACAGUCAGCUGAUGGAGGGAAAGGUUCAGUCUGGGAUGGGUUUAAUUCUUCAGGGUUACAAUUCUGGGUCAGAGGAGGAUGGAGACGUGAGGGUGCGAAAUGGAGAGCAACGUCAGAGGAGCAGUUUUGGCAAAACCACGUCUCCGCGAGCAGGACGGACUGGUAAGACCAGGAGGGAGUCUACGGAGGCGAGCAAAAUCACCUCCAAGCGCCGCAGUCGCAGCAAGUCUGCGGAGAAACCAUCAAAGGAGCAAAAGCCGGACAAAGUGACCAAAAGCUCCAAGGACUCUGCCGUUAAAGAGCGUGCCCGGGGCAGGAGCAGGUCAAGGGACAGAAAACAGUCUGAGAGCACUGAUCGGUCCAAAGACAGGAGCAGGAAGUCUGUCUCUCCUUCCAAUUGGAGGGCCGAUCAGAAACACAGUCGCACUGAUAAACGUUCCCCACCACCUCGAGAUGAGAGACCAGCGCAAGAAAGGGCCAGUCGAAGGUCCAGAUCGCCGGCGCGCGAGCGGGCUGGUCGCACAGAGGAUGACCGCGAUAGACGGCCAGCCAAGUCGCCCUCUAAAGACGCCUCCUCUGGGAAGGAGAACCGCUCUCCACACAGACGAGGAGCCCCCAGUCCAGCUAGGAAACGCAGUCCUUCCCCCCGCCACAGAGAUGCCCACCAGCCAUCAGCGAGCGCCACGGACAGGACAUCCAAACCGAGCCACUCUCCAUCCCGGGCCAGAGCCUCCCCGAGGAGGAUUCGUAGCCGUUCUACGGAUGGCCGGAGGAGGGACGCUGACAGACAGGAUUCACCACUAAGAAAACGACCACGACCCGACCUGGGACGGUCGAGGGACUCCAGCCCGAGGUCUUCGCUGCGCCGCAGAGUGAGCCGCUCACCACUGAGGCGUAGGUCGCCAUCACCACGACGGCGGUCGCGCUCUUCUCCGCGCAGACGAAGUCGGUCACCAAUAAGACGCCGUUCUUUCAUGAUCAGCAGGUCUGGAGAGCGAGACCGGUACGGUCGACUCCGGCAGUACAGGCGGUCCACGUCUCGAGACCGCGAGAGGAGACGGCGACGCAGCAGGGAUGAAGACAAGUUCAAGGGCAGUCUAUCGGAGGGCAUGAAAGUGGACCAGGAGUCGUCUGAAGAUGACGUUCUGGAUGACUUUGAUGGAGAAGAGGUGGACGAGGAAGCUCUCAUUGAACAGAGGCGACAGCAGCGUAUGGCUAUCGUACAGAAAUACAAGGUGGGGAACGAGGACUCCAACAUGGUGUCGGAGCCCAGCAGCCCUCAGAGCAGCACCCGCAGCCGCUCGCCCUCCCCCGACGACAUCCUGGAGAGAGUGGCCGCCGACGUGAAGGAGUACGAGCGUGAGAACCUGGACACCUUCGAGGACAACAUCAAGGCCAAGCACAACCUGAUCGCCCAGGAGAAAGACGGUUCCAACCCCAAGAAGCCGUCGGCCCCGGACAUGUUCACCGAGUCGGACGACAUGUUCGCCGCUGACUUUGACAGUGCCAGGAUGAGAGCGGCCGGCUAUGGGAAGGACUUCAAGGAGAAUCCCAACCUCAGGGACAACUGGACGGAUGCUGAAGGCUACUACCGGGUGAACAUUGGCGAGACGCUGGACAAGCGCUACGACGUGUACGGUUACACCGGCCAGGGAGUCUUCAGCAACGUGAUCCGAGCCAGAGACACGGCCCGAGCCGGCCAGGAGGUGGCGGUGAAGAUCAUCCGAAACAACGAGCUCAUGCAGAAGACGGGCUUGAAGGAGCUGGAGUUCCUGAAGAAGCUGAACGACGCCGACCCCGACGACAAGUUCCACUGCCUGAGACUCUUCCGACACUUCUACCACAAGCAGCAUCUGUGUCUGGUGUUCGAGCCGCUGAGCAUGAACCUGCGAGAGGUGCUGAAGAAGUACGGCAAGGACGUGGGUCUCCACAUCAAGGCUGUGCGCUCAUACAGCCAGCAGCUGUUCCUGGCUCUGAAGCUGCUCAAGAGGUGCAACAUCCUGCACGCCGACAUCAAGCCGGACAACAUCCUGGUGAACGAGUCAAAGACCAUUCUGAAGCUGUGCGACUUCGGGUCGGCAUCGCACGUCGCAGACAACGACAUCACUCCAUACCUGGUCAGCAGGUUCUACCGAGCUCCCGAGAUCAUCAUUGGAAAACCAUACGACUACGGCAUCGACAUGUGGUCCGUGGGCUGCACGCUCUAUGAGCUGUACACCGGCAAGAUCCUCUUCCCCGGAUCCUCCAACAAUCACAUGAUCAAGCUGGCCAUGGACCUGAAGGGCAAGAUGCCCAACAAGAUGAUCCGGAAAGGCCUGUUCAAAGACCAGCACUUCGACCAGAACCUCAACUUCCUCUACAUCGAGGUGGACAAAGUGACGGAGAGGGAGAAGGUGACGGUGAUGAGCACCAUGAACCCCACCAAAGACCUGCUGGCCGACAUGAUCGGGGGCCAGCGGCUGCCCGAGGACCAGAGGAAGAAGGUGAUGCAGCUGAAGGACCUGCUGGACGGCACCUUGAUGCUGGACCCGGCCAAGCGCAUCAGCAUCAACCAGGCUCUGCAGCACCCCUUCAUCCAGGAGAAGAUCUGAGCCCAAACUAUGUUUCACUGUAAAUAGCUCAUCCAGAGGUCGCCAUUCUUAAAGCCCUUGGUUUUGUAUCAUCGCUAACUGCCGCCCUUCCAACCGCUCGCAGCUUCUCCUCCUCAGAUCAAUGACUUUCUGUUGCUGGACAUGAUUUGCUUUUAUGAUCCCGCCCCCACCCUCCAGGCUCUGAAGGACUCAAGUGCCUCCAGCCAACAUCAGCGGACGCCUCCCGUUGUACAUACUCUCGUGGGGAUCCUUUAGUUUUGUUUUUCAUUUCAGUGCUAAAAUGACUCUCCUGUGAUUUCAAUAAAAAAUAGUUGGAAAAACCUGCUGCAGGCGCUUCGGGAGGGUCGCGUGACACCAGUCCGGUCCACACUUUGCUUUCCUCCCACUGUCCAGAGAUGACUUCAGGUAGUGCGUGUUUUUUCUCCCCUGGAGAUGCUCAGGCUGUGGUCAGGUGACAUGACUCGAUCAGACCUGAGCGAGUCAGAGGGAGCUGGAGGUGAAGUCGAGGAGGAGCCUGAGAGUGUUGGACCAGGAAUGAUGAGGAGGUUCAUACACAAGUUUCAGCCAAGAGUCGCGACGAUGAAUCAGGAAGCAGUAUUGCAGGGUGGAUGAAACAGCGAGGCCACUGGAUGGCGCUCUUGGGUUAGAAAUUAUGUGAGGUUUCAUUGAAUGACUUGUUCAAGACCAAACGUUUUUCAGCAGACAGCACCACCUGGUGGCCUCUGAAAAUCAGGACACUGUUUCAUGAAACCUCAUCGCUUGCUGUGACUCAGCAGUGGGCUCUGACACUGACAUGUGCACCUCUGGAGCCUGGUGUGGCAGGCGACUGGGACCUGUGCGUCACAACAAACAGGUCAGCAGAGACCUUUCCAGAGGAGUUCACGAGUCUUUGGUUUCGUCAGGAUUACAGUGUCCAAGGAUCCACUUCAGAGGAGGCAGAGAUGCGAGCCUCACAAGGUCACAGCAAAACUUGACCUUCACUUUUUCUCUCCACUUUUCUUCCUUCUCUUAGUUACAUGUCCGACUAUUUUCUAGAGUGAUGUUCAUUGUUGCAGGAUUUCUUGUCCCUCAAAAGUAACAAAAGACACAAGAACAACCCUUCAUCAU